CUUCCGGUUUCAAAGUCCAGCUGCUAACGGAGCCGAUAGCGACUAAUGGAGGAGAUGUUGUGGUGCGGGAGCUUCGUGUGAUCGCUUUUACUGGCUCGUGAGUGUGGCAGCAGCAGACAGACAUGUCGGUGGAGCCUCUGGUCCAGCUGCUGGAGUCUUACCGAGGAAGAGACAAAGUUAUCCGGACGGCGUGUUACGGCUCGCAGCUGGUCGGAGGCCUCCUCUCGCGUAAAGCAGAAACCGACGUCUCUUCCCGUCGGCUCGGGAAGCGUCUGCUGCUGUUUUCCGCUCAGCUCAGCCACUGCAGGACGGUGCUGAGGCUGUUUGAUGAUCUGUCCAUGCUCGCUUACUCACACAGCUAUGGGCUCGGAGGAGGGGAGGAGGACGCCGGAGUGCGCUUUGUAUCGGUGCUGAGCAACGUGGCCGACCAGCUGUACUACCCCUGUGAACACAUCGCGUGGGCCGCGGACGCUGAGCUCAUUAAAGUGAAGUCUGAUAAGUGGUGGCUGUUGAGCACGGUGCUGUGGGGAACCUCGCUGCUGCUGGGAAUACUCAGAUCGCUCCGAGUUUUGCUGCUGCUGAAGAAGAAGCUGCAGAGUGCUGAGGAUGGAGGCGGCAACAGCCGCUCUCAUAUCCGAAGACAGAUGCGAAAGGAGGUACUCUCCGUCCUCAGCAACGUGGCGGACCUCAGUAACGCCAUUCAUUGGAUGCCGCCCGGCUUUCUGUGGUCUGGACGAUUCCCCAACUGGCUGGUGGGACUGAUGGGCACCAUCUCAUCACUGAUUGGUUUGAUGCAGAUGAACGCCGGAGACAGUGACGGGACAGACAGUCCAUAGUCUUUACCUCACCUUAUCGAUAGGAGCAGACCGGAAGUUUUGUCUGAAUGAUGCAGACUUGUGGAAAAUGCUGAGUGGGGAAUGAGUAGCAGAUUUGUAAUGUGAUCGAAUUCCAGUCAGACUGUCUAUGGAGAUAUAUGAACAUGUGAAAUCACCUCGACCUAUAACUGGAUAAUAAGUGAAUAAUCAAAGUAGACUUGUAGGCAAUCAUCAAAGUCCUCAGAUGUGACUGAAAGCCAAUUUAAAAAGUUGCAAACUGUUCAAGUACAGUAUAGAGGUUUUAGAAAAUGGCUAAAUGGAUGCAGCUCCCAGGGUGAAUCUACGUUGUAUUAUUGUGCCAUUUUCAAUCUCUCUUUUCUAUUUAUGUAGUGAUUGAUCAAUGUAAAAAGUGAAUAAAUCACCAGAAUCAGCUUUAUUUUUGAUUCUGGUUUACACCUUUUUUCUGAUUGCUGGACUCCCUCAAGAAUAAAUGUAAUAUCUCAAUAUAUUAUUAUUAUUAAUAUUAUAUUGAAAUCCAUCCAUCCAUCGUCAAACCGCUUAUCCUGCACACAGGGUUGCGGGUAUAUUGAAAUAAUAUUUAAAAAAAUGAUUUCUGUCAAAUAGCUUAAAGGAUGUAAUGUCUCUAAGCUACACAACAUAAACUGAUUGAACAGUUUCACUAAGACUCAGGGAUUGAGCUCAGCAGAAAACAGUUUUAUAUAGAAACUGUCCGUUUUACUUGUAAGAUUGAAUAGAAGCUGCUUGAAAUGUAAACUGUAUAAUAUGUUACGUAUUUUUUGAUUAUGGAAACUAAUCAACUUUUCUAAUAAAAUGAAUUGACUGUU